AAAGAAAAAAAAAAAGGGAAAAACAAAACUAAAAAAAAAAAAAAUAGUUGGAAAGCUUUCCAUUGGAGGAAAGAUCACAACUUUCAGAAGAAAGUUCAGUGCUGCUGGUGCUGAUGCUGUUCAUGUUGCUGUCUAUACUACCCUUUUAGAACAGUUUCUUCUCCAAUUUCAGGCUUGGAGAAAGAUUUAGUGGGUUCUAGUCAGUUUUGGGUGUUUCUGCAGCAAAAAAAAGAAAAAAAAAAGAAAAUAAAAGAUGGCUCCCAAUGGUACAGGAGCAUGUCCACCUCCCAUGAAAGCUACCUCAAAUGGAGCUUUCCAAGGGGACAAUCCGCUUGAUUAUGCACUCCCUUUGGCAAUCUUGCAAAUUUGCCUCGUGGUUGUUCUGACUCGGGUUAUUGCAUAUCUUCUCAGGCCUCUGAGACAGCCACGCGUUAUUGCCGAAAUCAUUGGAGGAGUACUACUUGGUCCCUCUGCAAUAGGCCGGAACCAUAAAUUUCUAGAGACAGUGUUUCCUAAACGGAGCCUUACUGUCCUGGAUACACUGGCCAAUUUGGGCCUUCUUUUCUUCCUGUUUCUUGUUGGCCUUGAACUUGAUCCAAAGUCACUUCGCAGGACUGGAAAGAAGGCCUUGAGCAUUGCUCUUGCGGGGAUCACUCUCCCGUUUGCAUUAGGAAUUGGGACUUCUUUUAUUCUUCGAGGAUCUAUUUCAAGAGGGGUUAAUGAAGGUCCUUUUUUGGUGUUCAUGGGUGUUGCCCUUUCAAUCACUGCCUUUCCUGUCUUGGCUCGUAUCCUCGCUGAACUGAAGCUCUUAACCACUGAUGUUGGCCGUAUGGCCAUGUCAGCUGCAGCCGUCAACGACGUGGCUGCAUGGAUUCUACUUGCUCUUGCCAUUGCCCUCUCAGGUGUUGGUCGUUCUCCACUUGUUUCGCUAUGGGUGUUGCUGUGUGGAACUGGUUUUGUUGUGUUAUGUGCAUUUAUUGCACCCCCAAUUUUCCGAUGGAUGGCUAAACGAUGCCGUGAGGGUGAGCCAGUGGAUGAGAUUUAUGUCUGUGCUACAUUAUCUGCUGUUUUAGCUGCAGGAUUUUGCACGGACUCCAUUGGAAUUCAUGCCCUAUUCGGGGCUUUCGUGAUGGGAGUCCUAGUUCCAAAGGAAGGGCCAUUUGCAGGUGCUCUGGUCGAAAAAGUGGAGGACCUAGUUUCAGGCCUAUUUCUUCCUUUAUACUUUGUCUCUAGUGGAUUGAAAACUAAUGUAGCCACCAUUCAUGGAGCUCAGUCAUGGGGUCUUCUUGUGUUAGUCAUUUUCACAGCUUGUUUUGGGAAGAUUGUUGGCACUGUCCUGGUCUCACUCUGUUGCAAAGUGCCUUUGCGGGAGGCAUUAACUUUGGGCUUCUUGAUGAACACGAAAGGUCUAGUGGAGCUCAUUGUCCUCAACAUUGGAAAAGACCGAGGGGUCCUCAAUGAUCAAACAUUUGCUAUCCUGGUUCUGAUGGCACUCUUCACAACUUUUAUUACGACACCUAUCGUUGUAUCAAUAUAUAAGCCGGCUCAAACUGCAAGAUCUGAAUAUAAGCUUAGGACAAUCCAGAGAAAGGAUGCUAGUGCUGAACUUCGAUUGUUGACAUGCUUUCACAGCACUGGAAAUAUUCCCUCGCUCAUUAAUCUCAUUGAGUCUUCACGCGGUGUGGAGAAGAGAGAAGGACUACGUGUCUAUGCAAUGCACAUGAUGGAACUUUCUGAAAGGACAUCUGCUAUCCUUAUGGUUCACAAGGCAAGAAAGAAUGGGCGUCCCUUUUGGAGCAAGACACAGAGUUCUGAUUCAAAUCAAGUUGUAGUUGCUUUUGAGGCUUUCCGGCAACUAAGCAAGGUGUUCAUAAGGCCUGCAACUGUGAUCUCUCCCCUAUCGAGUAUGCACGAGGAUAUAUGUAGCAGUGCUGAAAGAAAGAAGGUGGCGAUGAUCAUCCUCCCAUUCCACAAGCAUCAGAGAUUUGAUGGGCAUUUGGAAGUCACCAGGGCUGAAUUCAGGCAUGUGAAUAGGAGGGUUCUUCAGCAGGCACCUUGUUCAGUUGGAAUUCUUGUUGACCGUGGACUUGGUGGAACAUCUCAUGUAGCUGCAAGCAAUGUUGAUUACACCAUAACUGCGUUGUUCUUCGGGGGUCAUGAUGAUCGUGAAGCUCUCGCAUAUGGUGCACGAAUGGCUGAGCACCCUGGCAUCAAAUUAAAUGUGGUUCGUUUCAUUUUAGAUCCCAAAGUAGCUGGAAAAAGUGUCACUUUAGAUAUGGAAGACAGUGCAGGCCCGGAGGCAAGAUCUGAUGAUGAAGAAUUCCUGUCUAAAUUCAAAGAGGAUGCCAAAAAGGUUGAAUCAAUCACAUUCCAAGAGAACAUUGUGAAGGAUGCAGAUGAAACCGUUGCAGUGAUCACUACCCACAGUCGCUGCAAUUUGUUUUUGGUGGGACGAAUGCCAGAAGGUCAACUGGUGGCAGCUCUAAAUAAGAACACUGACUGUCCUGAACUUGGGCCGGUAGGUAAUCUAUUGAUCGCCCCAGAUUUUUCAACCAAUGCAUCGGUGUUAGUGGUGCAGCAAUACCUCAGACAGUUAUCUGCUGGUGCAUUGGAGUCCCUUAGGGGAGAAGAAUCGACCGAGGAAUCAAGCUAAUUGGGUUUUUUUUGGCAUAUAAUCAUUUUGAAUCACUUGCAUAGAUGUAACUACUGCAUGAUUUUCUUGAAUCGCGCUUCAUCAUCCCUAUGAUAUCCAACGAGGAAACAGAUCGCAAGACGAAUGGUACAUUGUUUAUACCCCUUCUUUUCCCCACUGCUGUACUUACAGAAAAUGUAUAUGUUAACUAAGAUGGAGAUGUAUAACAUCUCAGUGUCGAUUCUGCGAAAAAAAAAAAAAAGAAGUUAAGCAUUUCCUGAGUUCUGUUUAUAGCUCUUGGAUCUGUGUUUUUCAAUAAAGAUCCAACUUCACUAUUCAGAUCAGCUGUGUAACUAUGAAGAUGUUACAUUUUUGUUCUCAGUUCAAUACAAAAGUGUAAAAGUUGUUCAUAUACUUUGCUUGGCAAGUUCUGCCUCAAUACAAAUUAAAAGUGCAUAAUUGUACUUUUUGUUACUUCGGAAGUGGUGAAAAGUUCUCAUUGAAAACC